UCACUCUCCCUCUCUCCUUCUCUCUGUGUCUCUCCUUACCUCUUGUUCUGUCGGUUGUUUUUAUUCUCGGGCUGUUUUCGCUGUUGAGCAGUUUGUCUGUCGUAGCGUUGAGGAAUGGAACAACGACAAUGGACUCUAGCAGAACGGACAUCUAUAUAACAACAACAACACUCACCACUAUAUAGAGACCCAGCCUCGUCCCUCUAACCAUUGUUUGUAACAACAACAUCAACAACAACAGCGUCAAUACCGCGGAGUUGCUUUGUUGUCGAUAUGACUUGGUCAUCGUGCGUUUUGAUCGUGUUGUUGUCAGUGGUGGGCCAAGAUCUGGUGACCGGUUUUACUUCGACCUCUGACCGUCAGCACGAGCGAUGUGAACGGAUUACUAUACCCAUGUGUAUGAACAUGCGGUACAACAUGACGAAAAUGCCCAACUUGCUUGGCCAGAUCAACCAAAAAGAUGCGGCUAUCCAAGUGCACGAGUUCCUACCGUUAGUAGAACUAGGUUGUUCCAAGUUACUUCGCUUUUUCCUGUGUUCUUUCUACGCUCCAAUGUGUACAGAAAUGGUCAACGCUGUCCUAGUGGUGUCCGCUUGCAGAUCGAUGUGUUUGGAAGUAAAAUCUAAGUGCGAACCUGUCCUCAAGAAUUUGAUGUUCACCUGGCCAGCAUCGCUUGAUUGUCAACAGCUUCCCGAGCACUCCAAUAAAAAACACCUUUGUAUGGAAGCCCCAAAUGUCACAGACGAACCCGACAUGCAACCAGAGACUGUCAACGCCGAGUGGUGGAAUAUUGUCCAGUCAUUCAAGGAUAAAACACAUGACGGCCACAACAGGAGAUUACAUUUUGGAGGACAGUAUGGCCAUAACCGCGACAUCGGUUCUACACACACCCUGUGUCCAGACCGGUUUGUCUACGUUGACAAACAUGGGGGUCAUAAUUACUCUUGCGCCCCACGCUGUAAUAUUGAUGUUUACUUCAAACAAGAAGAUAAAAGAUUUGCGAAGAUCUGGCUCCUUGUAUGGGCAACCUUUUGCUGCAUUUCAACCACCAUCACCGUUCUAACCUUUGCAAUUGAUACAUCACGUUUUAAGUACCCCGAAAGGCCGAUCAUUUUUCUGUCCAUGUGUUACGCUAUCUAUUCUGGAGCUUAUAUGAUUCGAGGUAUUACUGGACCUAAUUCUAUAUCGUGUGACCGUCUUCGAGACGGCACUGAAUUCUUGAUACAAGAAGGACUCGAAAGUACUUGGUGUAUUAUAGUAUUUCUAAUACUUUACUAUUUCGGUAUGGCCAGUGCCAUAUGGUGGGUGAUACUGACCCUUACGUGGUUUUUGGCUGCUGGACGCAAAUGGGUCCAGGAAGCUAUUGAAUCACUUAGUAGCUAUUUCCAUGUGGCCGCUUGGGCGAUUCCGGCCGUGAAAACCAUUAUAAUUCUGACAAUGCGCCGGGUUGACGGAGAUGAAUUAACAGGACUUUGCUUUGUAGGUAACCAAGACAUCGUCGCCCUGACGGGAUUUGUUAUCACUCCUUUGCUCAUAUAUCUUAUCAUUGGAACGAUCUUUAUAUUUGCCGGUUUCUUUGCCAUGUUCAAAAUACGGCGAAAUUUGAAACAAGACGGUACAAACAUUCGCAAACUCGAAAAACUGAUGGCCAAAAUUGGUAUAUUCUCGGUUCUGUAUACACUGCCGGCGACUUGUGUUAUAGGAUGUUACUUUUACGAAAGGAUUAACUUCGACAAUUGGAAAACAGAAGCAAUGCGUCGCCGGUGCCGAAGCAAUCGGAACGGCGAAAAAGAUUGCUCUCUGUCACACUCUAUACCGACUAUCGAGGUGUAUAUGUUGAAAAUUUUCAUGUCUUUAAUCGUUGGAAUUACCAGUGGAAUGUGGGUAUGGAGUUACAAAACAGUGAACUCGUGGAAAAAUUUCUUUUCCAGCCGUUUUUCACGUCGGAAACAUAUAUACCACGGAAAUUACCAACAGGCGCCUGUGUUUUUGAUGAAGACACGAGGGCAAAAACUUGUUCCCAAAAAUGUGGGAACCAGAGUAUGAGAAAAUAUCGAUUUCUAGUCUUAUUUCGAUUUUAUAUUGAUUUUUUUUUUAAGUAUUGUUUUCUUAUCUAUUUGCUAAA